AUGGGCCAAAUCCCGCUGAAGUGUUGCCGCUUUGAGUGCAGUUGUCGCCACUCCAGCCAGCAACGGCUCCACCACGCUGUUGUCGGAACUGGACUUGCCAAGAAAAGCAGAGAGAAAACUGCCGCCUUUGAAAGCUACCCGCAGAAAAACGCCGAGAUCCUCAGCAGCCAGUACGGCAUCAACCUCUUCCUGGCCGGGCUGCUGCUCACCUUCGCCUGGGCCGUGCACGCCGUGGGCAUCAGCAAGAGCCACCUGCUCUCCUACCUGAUCACGCUGAUGCUCAUCCAGCUGCUGUGGAUGCUGUGGUACCUCUGCAGGAGCUGCACGCAGAGGAGGCUGAUCCGGGACAAGGACACGCACGCCGGAGCCCGCUGGCUGAGGUGUGGGAUUACAUUAUUUGCAGUGAUUACUUUAAUUCUGGACUCUUUUAAAAUGGGAUAUUAUAUUGAUUUUUCAAACUGCUUAUCACCUACUGAAGGCAUUUUUCCUGUUACACAUGCUGUGCACACCAUCUUACAGGUGUACUUUCUUUGGUGCCAUGCAAAGGAUAUUAUCCAGUCUUUCAAAACACUUGAAAGGUUUGGAGUUAUCCAUUCUGUGUUCACAAAUUUACUCCUGUGGACAAACGGAGUGCUGACCGAGUCAAAACAUCAACUGAAUGAACAUAAGGAAAGGCUAAUCACGCUUGGUUUUGGGAACAUAACAAUAGUUUUAGAUGAUCAUGCACCUCAAUGCAAUUGCACAACAACAACUCUCUGUUCAAUAUUUUCUCAAGGAAUAUAUUAUCUAUACCCCUUUAAUAUAGAGUACCACAUCCUAGCAUCCACGAUGCUCUAUGUCCUGUGGAAGAACAUUGGCCGCAAAGUCGAGCACCACCAGCAACACAAAACUCCAUUCAAAUUCCAUGGCAUAACUGUUGGAAUGAUUUUUGGACUAAUCGUGUUAACUAGCACCAUAGCCAUAGUUGUUGUGUAUUUAAUUCAGAUUGGACGUUCAAAAAUCAAAAGCGAGUUAGCACUUACCAUGUUUUACUUGCAUGCGAUCUUUGUGUUGGCUCUCAUGUGUACAGCUGGAAUUGUUGCCCUGCUCAUCUACAGACUGGAAGAUAGAUCGUUAGAUAAUUCAAAAAAUCCUGCUCGAAAACUUGAUGCGGAGCUGCUGGUGGGCACAGCUGCAGGGUCUUGGCUCCUCUCCUGGGGCUCGAUCCUCGCCAUUAUCUGUGCCCAGGCUCAUCCAAAAUACACGUGGUAUAACCUGCCCUACUCCGUCCUGGUUAUCAUUGAGAAAUAUAUUCAGAACCUCUUUAUCAUUGAAUCCGUACAUCGUGAGCAGGAAAAGGUGAACGACAACAUUAAAACUCUUCGCAUAGUGACUAUAUCUCGGGGGAGCACUUUGUCACUUGCCCCCUCAUACAAAGAGAUUUACAAUGGCAGAGCCGCUCGUGACAGCGGAGAGGUGCCCUGCCUGUUUAAGGGCAGUGUCUGCAGGAGAGAAAAUGAUGGUCAUGGCAGUGCCAAAGAAGAAAUGAAUCAGGAAAAUAAUUCAGUCAUACAUUCAGCCUCAGAUUUCUCAUUUUACAGUAGAACCUCAGUUACUAGCAGCAAGAGGAGAGUUCUGAAGAACAUUGCUGUGUUUUUAUUCCUAUGCAAUCUUUCGCUUUGGAUACCACCGGCAUUCGGGUGCCGCCCGGAAUAUGACAAUGGACUAGAAGAAAUAGUUUUUGGCUUUGAACCCUGGAUAAUUGUUGUGAACCUUGCAAUGCCUUUUUCUAUUUUCUACCGGAUGCAUUCAGCUGCCUCACUUUUUGAGGUCAAUUCAUAUAUUGACAAUACUACAUCAUCACAGGUUUUAAAAUACAAGAAAAAGCAUGAAGUUACCCUCUUUCUGCCUACCUAUCUGCUCAAGCUUGUGACAGGAGGCAGUAGUGUAGAAAGCAUAGUAAAAUUUCAUUCUUUUGAAUUUAAAAUAGUAAAAUCUCAAGUGAGCUCUGACAAUUUCUGUUUCAAUGGGUUAAGGCGUCUUUCCCGGCUGCUCGCACCUCCUCCCUGCCUGACUCCACCACGCACAGCAGAGCUGGCGGGAGAUAACGCCCACCCGCCCCUCCGCUGCUCCCAGCCACAGCCCGACGUCUUCCCGUUCCAGCACCGGUGCUGCUCUGUGCCAAGCCCCCAGCGCCUGCGUGGUGCCGCGGAGUUGUGGGCAGCUGAUGGUGGUUUUGGGCUGCUGUGA